UCCACCGAGAGCUCCUGAAAAGGACGGGAAUAAGCUAGAGAAAUGACUCGAUACUCUCCUUCUCCCUCUCCUUCUUCUCUUAUGUCGUUUUUCCUUCAACCUGUCCACGAAUUAGCUCCGUAGCACUACUUUUUGUCAAAAGGAGGUUUUUUUUUUUCUUUCCUUCCAUUGUGCUUUCUCUUCGGAUUCGUAUGGGCACGUUCUUUCUCUGAUCCUUCGUGUUGGCGCCAAAAGAGCAGAGGAUACGUCGUCUUCGUCUUAAUUCGUUGUACAUUGGAUUCGUAUGGGCAUGUUCUUUCUCUGAUCCUUCGUGUUGGCGCCAAAAGAGCAGAGGAUACGUCGUCUUCGUCUUAAUUCGUUGUACAUUGAGCUGGAGAGAUUGGCUGAUGCGGAGCGGAGUCCAUUGGAUGUCCAAAUAGUAAUGCUUGGUUGAGGGAAACAAGAUGGCAACAUUGGUCCCUGGUGUUCUUAUCAAGCUACUACAGUACAUGAACACAGAUGUGAAGAUUGCUGGUGAAUAUCGCUCUUCUCUACUUCAGGUUGUUAGCAUAGUUCCUGCACUUGCUGGUGGUGAGCUUUUUUCCAAUCAGGGAUUCUAUCUUAAGGUCUCUGAUUCCUGCCAUGCUGCUUAUGUUUCUCUUCCUGAUGAACAUGAUGAACUCAUAUUGAGUGAUAAGAUAAAACUAGGCCAAUUUAUAUACGUUGAUCGAUUUGAGGCAGCUUCACCUGUACCGGUGAUUCGUGGUGUGAGGCCACUCCCUGGACGCCAUCCGUGUGCAGGAAGCCCUGAGGAUCUUUUUGAUACCUGUCUUCUUAGUUUCCUCAAUGGCUCUAAGGGUACUGUUAACCUACCAUUGACUAAAGAUAGCAGCAUCUUAGCCAAGGUAAAUGGAACUGUGAAAGUUAGAGAAUUAGAAAAGAAAAAGGCAUCUCUUAAUAGGUCUACUUCAUCAUCAUCGAAACAGUCUCUGCAUAUUAUUGUCGAGAAGAAGCAAACAAAUCAUGUGAAGUCAAGUUCACUGAGUUCAAGGUCAAUCUCUUCAUCCUCUACAAGUUCCCAGUCAGUACCAGUAUCAGUUGAAAAGCUACCUAAUGGAGUAAAGCAGCUGCUGCAUCUCGUAGAUGUUAAAGGAAUGGAGAAGUCAUCUAAUCAAAGAAUGAACUUGCUGGAGAGAACAAGAUCUGCCGUCAAGGCAGCUGAUACUGGCAGGAAAUCAUCUGUUGGAAAUUCAAUAGUAAACCAGGUGCCAGGUAUUGAGCUGGGGCCUAAAGGCUUGAGGAAGAGUUGGGAGGGGAAUAGUGUGGAGACAAAGGGAAGAGAUUAUUCAAAUCCUAAGCCAUCAAAGAUUGAAAAGAAACCUGAAGUAUACAGCUCUUCGGUCUUCUACAAUUGCAAAGACCUAAUUACCAAUAGUUGCAAUAGCUAUUUUUACCAGAAGAUUUGGUUAUGUGUGGACACCGUGCAUGCUCUGUGGACACAUGGGAGUCAUAAUCUUCGAAGGAAACCAUUGUCAGUUGAGAGACCGGUGCCUACAGAAGAAAGAGAGGCUCAAAGCCCACUAAGAAAAGGCAAUGUAAAUGCUUUAGAGAAUGUUGACUUGUCAGUGAAACAACGAGUUUCCACCAUAAAAAAAACACCAGAGGCCUUUAAUAGUAACAAUGUUUCCUCUAGCAAUUUAGUAAAGGUUUCCUACAAUAGUAGAAGAUUGACAGAUGGAAACCUUUCGUGGUCAUAUCUUCCUCCAACUCUAGUGAAACUUGGAAAGGAAGUUCUCAUGUUUAGGGAUGCUGCACAGCAAGCUGCUAUUGAGGCACUGCAAGAGGCAUCUGCAGCAGAAAGCUUAGUUCGAUGCUUGAGCCUUUACGCAGAGUUAAUUUCAACAGCAAUGGAGGACAAGGAUCCACAGCAGGCUGUGGAAAAGUUCCUCACCCUCUAUGCCAUUCUCACCCAUGCCAGCUUGGUCUCUGAUUCCCUGCACAGCUCUAUCGGCAGUGCCACCAUCACCGACGACACAAUUCGCAUAUCUGAUGACAAUCACCACCGUGCAGCCACUUGGGUCCAGGCUGCCCUCGCAACCGAUCUCUCAUCUCUCGCCCUUUACACCCACAAGUCCAAGUCCCCGCCCUCCGCUGCCACUUCAACUCACGUAGUUGUCGCGAAAGCGAACUCGGACUCUCAGGUGAAAUCGCGAGUGAAGACGGUGAAGAAGCGGGUAACCGUGGCAACAACAAGGCGGUGGGAAAAGGGGGUAGGAGUCGAAGAGGGAGUGGAGCUGGCAAGAGCAUUGGAGGAGGAAGCUAAGUACUGGUUUGUGGGAUAUGUGGAAAAGUUUCUGGAUGCAGAAGCCAAUGGAGCUGCUACACAGCAACCAUGGGACCGGGACUUUGUCCCCGGAAUGCUGUUUCAGCUUAAAAAGGUGAAUGAUUGGCUCAAUGUGGUAAAUAUCAGAGAUGGAGGAUUACGAGAUGGGGGUGUGCCGCCGGAGACAGUGGACAGGCUGAGGAAGAAGAUAUAUGAUUAUUUAUUGACACAUGUUGAGUCUGCUGCAGUGGCACUUGGCUGCAGUGGCAGUACCGGUGCCGGUGGCAGUUUUCCGGCCAUGGUGGAGGCUAGUGAGAGUCAGGGAAAAAGGAUUUGAGUGAGACUAGGAAUCUGGAGGAAGACAGUGGAACUACAAAUGGAUUGGAGUGGGAAAAGGAAAUUUGGUUGAUGAGAGAUAGAUAGAUUAUACUUGGGGCAUGGAUACUGGAGUUAUAUUUC